AUGACCCGAGAUACGCUGCCGCGCACCGCAUAUCCCUCUGAUCGUCGAUAUCCAUCCCCUGACGAGCUGCUUCUCAUCUCUCCUCAAACCCGCUCAAGACGCCCGUUGACCCCAAUCACGCCAAUAACUCAAGACACCCCAUCCCCGGCUGUACAAUCACAGGAUCUAUUACCACCCCCGUCUCCUCCACCUCUCGUUAUCCCCGAGGACCCAGAACCAGUCAGCCGUUAUUCCCUUCGCCGCAGGCAGGCACGUCAGCUUCAACCGUACGCGUUUGACAAGGCGCAGUACAAGGCGCAGAUGAAGGCAAACCCCGAUGCGAUCGUGAAGUUUGUGAGUCCGCAACGUCGUGAGAUGCAUGAAGAUGGGUCACAGUGGGCCGAUGGGCAGACACAAGGUGGAACCCAAGCAGAGUAUAUUUUUCCAGUUGACAAUCCGGAGGAGGACCGAGAUUAUGUGGAUGUGGAAGGAAGGAGGCAACAGAGGCGGGUCACCAUUGCUGAAGCUGAUCAUCAUAACCGCGAACGGGAGGAAGGAUGGCUCCCUGAGGCUCUAAGAGAUCUGUCUGAAAGCGACGAGAUUGAGGGAACAGAUGAAGUUCGCAAGUUAGCGAGGGAUGCGAGGAGAGCUCGGAAGAAGGCUGAAGCUGAGGCAAAGAAGAGGGAGAAGGAAGAAGCUCGCCUGAGAGCGCAGGAAGAGGCUGUCGCGAAAGAAAUUGUGAAGAAGAGACGUUUCAAGAAUUUCCCGCUGGCAGCAUCAUCGUCAAAGCAGCCUGCUGCGAGAUCAUCUUCAGGAAAGCAACGUGUCACACCGUCUCCUUCCCGCUCGUCCUCACCCUCGCAUUCCCUUCGUUUUGAUCCUUCACAGCUUCAGUCCCGUUCGCUGGCAAGGAAUCCCCCUGCGACCGACGAAUACGAGUAUCAACAAGAUGAUGACUACGACUACUAUAAUUUCUUCGACCACAACGCGAUCAAUGCGGAGAAUGUCAACCCUGAUGCUGAUGCCGAUGCAAUUGAAAUUCCCUCGGCACCGUCAACACCACCACGCUCCUCGUCUACAUUGCCUGAUGGGACCAAUCACUUGGAUUUGUCCGAUGAUGAUCCGCUCGCCCGUGAGCCGAGCGAGGAGUUCAGCAGUCCUUCUCCCGAAAUUUCUUCCAAAGAUCGCAAACGUUUCCGCCUCCUGCAGCGUAUGAUGCCCGCAGUCAUGAUCAAGAAGCAGCUCGAGCAGCAAGGUUCCCAAGUGAAAAUUCUUGUCAGUACCAAAAGAGCGCAUUCUCCAACGCCGUCUGAUAGUGGCGACGAGCCCUUGAGACCUGGACAUGCACGCGUCCGAAUGGGUGCUAGUGGACGUGAUUUUAUGAUUCAGGGAGACCCUGAGAGCUCGGAUGUCGAAAUUCUUCGAGAAGAGGACAUGGAUGCUGAGGUACCAGACAUCGUAUCACGAGUUCGUCGGCGGGCAUCUCCCAAAGUCAGAUCAAGGUCUCCGGCCAUCAUUAUCUCUUCCAGUUCCGAGAGUGGAUCAGAGAGUGAUGGCGAGGAAAGCGACGGUAUGAUCGACGAUGCACGGAUCGACGCAUGGAGCCGAAGUCGCCGGCCUAUGCAUGAGAAGAGUCUGAUUGACUGGAUGCUUACGCGGACUAGGACGGUGGGUGGUGGGAGAAAGCAGAGAGCCAAGUCAAGUCGGAGGCCCCGAGGUUCCUCAAGGCCAAAGCUCAACAUUGUAACAGGUGGCGCGCGAAUGGGCAAUCAGACCCUUCUCUCCUUCCCCGCUGUUUCUUCUGACCAUGACCACCGCUCUCAGCAUUCACAUCAUUACAAGGUCCACAAGCGGACAGAAUCGACAAUACCAGUGGAGCGCGAGUCCAAGGCACUACGAAGGGAACGGAGGAAGAAGAAGCGCAAGAAAGCGGAGGGAGAGCUCUACAGCUUCCACCAAUCUGGCACGCAUAUUGCGCGAAGGGGUCUGCGAAUUGAUCUGGGUGAUGAAGGAUUCCAUCAGGCGCUGGACCCGACUUGGAGGAAGGAGAUAGAUAGGUGGCAAAGGCAACCUGGAUCAAUGCGGCAGCCUGCGUCUGCGAUUUCAUCCCGAGUUCGUCGAGAAGAUACCCAAUCUAAGCGCCAGCAAAUUCCGGUCUCGCGUGUUGAUUCUAAACCUCAAUCUAGUGUCGAGUUCAAUCAACGGGCGUUGUUGACCACAGUCGACUUGGGCAUCGACUCUUUGCCCUCAGGGAUUGCGUUCUCGGCCGGAACGUAUAUUGGCCGCGGGUUUCUUCACCAGCUGAUAUGCCUCGUUACAGGGCAUGCUCAGCCUGUUGCUCCUAUGUCAUAUGUUAUUCGAGGGUUCGACCUUGGACCUGACACAUCGGUGCACGUUCUUACGACUGUAAUUGCACCCUUGUGUGAUCAGCUCGCGGAUGACGUGCUCAAAGGACACGAGUGGACGGCUGUGACUGGGAAGGACUGGGAACUCGCAAUGCGAACGGUGUGCCAGUUGGUAUCGUGGCGGUGUCUCAGCAUCGACGACCAGGAAUUCAGUUCGCUAGAGCUCACGGUACACGAGACUAUGGGUUCUUUAGUGGCGCGGGUGUUGGAGGCUAAUUUUCAUCAAUUCUCAUUACCUGUUUGCUGGUUUGCAGUAGAGCUCGCUGCCCGGAUCAUGCAUGCUGCAAGGACUCGGCGGGGGUCAUCAGAGACCCGAGAGUUGUUCAAAUUUGCGCUCUUGCUCAUGCGGCCCCUGUCAGAUGUAGACCUCCGGGAAAUUUUAGCAUCGUUUAGGGAGCCCGAUGGCCCUCUAGAGACCAACUCAACUGCCGUUCAAGCUGUAGAGUCAUGGAUAUGCCUCUUUCACCUCUUGAUCAACUGCACGCCUGAGUCUCCUGGUAAACUAUCAUCGGAGCCAUUUUGGCUUUUGUUCAAACAGUUGAUCCAAGACGAAGCAUCAUCGUUCAUCACUGCAGUUGAGGCGAGCGAGUAUGUUUGGCGGAAUGUAUUCUCUUUUUGUGCGCUCUCACAGUUCUCUGUGCACGGGAUGUCGACAUCCCUCAGUAGAAUCGCACCUUCAUGGGAAACGGUUUUGGCUACUCUGAAGCUCAUCUCCCUAGUUGCCGAUCCACAGAAGGAUGCACUCACACAUACUGCAUCCCUCAACAAACGAGACGAGUACGUCUCCGUCGUCGCUUCUCGAUGCUUCCUCUUGUGGAAGCGUUGGCAUUGGAAUUUGGAUGAUGCAAUGAUAAUGUUCAACCACCUCGUGGAAAUAUUCAGGAGCCGUAGAUUUGCCAGUCUCCGCCACGAGCAGCCUAAAUUUAUGCAAUUCAUGGUGCAAAGGGACAUUUCUUUGCUUUCAGUACAAGACAGGGGCGACAACGUAUUCGAGGUGCUCCUCAAGAUGAUCGUACAAGUUGCGCAGGCGGACAGCACGAGUGACGCGGAGAAAAAACAACGGGACAUACAGGUGAAGAAAAUGCUGAACAUGGUCGUCCCAGUUGGCUCGGUGUCAUCGACGAGGGCCGUUCAGCCAACUGGGCAGGAGAGUUCUAUGCUUUUCAACCGACUCAAUGCUAUGGCAGUCGCUAUUCAUCUUGAUUCCUCCGUCUCCAACGUUCGACACCGCGUUGGGCAAGCUCGACGAUGCGUCAACUUCAAAGAUGCACACGAUUUCACCAGGGCUGUAUGCAUUCGAGGCAUUGAGCAUAUUUGCGCUGUUAUGCGACAUCACCGCGUACAGCUUGGAGAAAUUCUCAACUGGCUUGCCGAGGUUACCGGCAUCCUGCUGGACGAAUACCAGGAGGCGCGCACACUAACAAAUAAAGACAACAAGAAUAUCGUGAAGAACAAGACAGUGGAGAUGGUCAAGAGUCUUCUCACGUCGGUUGUUCGUAUGAUUGAGACAUGCUCACUGGACAUUGCGGAUGAGCGACAUGAGUAUCCAGAUCCUGCCUUUCUGGAGGGACCAUGGGUAAAGGACGUCUUCAGUCCCAAGAAUCCUAUCGCCAUAGAGCAGAAUUCGAGUGCUUCGUGCCAAGAGGUGGUGUCAGCUUUUCUGGAUGCUCGAAUGAGGGCCUUACCGCGGCCCACCGCACCACCAAUAUCAUCGAGUGUUGAUAAUCAGGAGAGCCAGGAUGAGUACGACAAGUUCUUCAUCGACUUGAACGAUCCAGAAAUCUUAGCUGCUCUUGGUGACGAGCCUGCACAAACUUCUGGGAUGGAGUGGAAGAAGAAGGAAGAAGCAGUUUGCAAGGUCAUCUGUGGACCGCUUGCUUCAGCGAUAUUCCGGGUUGUUUGCAGAUAUGUAGUUGACUCCCCCGCGCCAAGCACAGUCGAUAGUCGCCGUGAGACGGCUGAUAGAUGGAUUGAUUGUUGGGUAGGAGUCGGAAAUGUGCUGGUUCAGAAUGGAUCGACUUGGAAAAACCACAUGCAUCUUGGACCUGAAUCAUGGGAGCGGAUACCUGAUCCCUUAUGGCGUCGCCGGGUUGGUCUUAGAUUCUGCCUUGCACUUCUCAGACUUGAUUCGAAGGCUUACAAUGCAUAUGAGGACUACUUUAUCGAAGUCCUCCUCACAUGUACUGUUCCCUCCAAGACGACAAUCGAACACGAGUAUGCAUCCAUCGUAUUCACUCUAGACGGUCUUCGACACCCACUUCUACGUGGCGUGCUGGCCGAGCCGUCUACCGGAUCAUCUACACUCGAGAUAUCGCUAGAAGAAUAUUCGACAGUCCGGCAGACGCUGAUUGAAUCGGUAUUUGCCAAUCUUACUGAGCGUUUGCAAGGUCAUACAGAUUCUGUCAACCACAAGUAUCUUGGCUUUUUGGUUUCCAUGCUCUCAGCUAUGAGAGACAACUAUGAAGUUCGUGCAAUUGCCCUGAUGUCUGAUCAUGUAGCUAAUGACUUGCACACCAGAGCGUGUUAUCUGGGGAGGAACGAGUAA